AUGGGAUCUCUUGUCAAGCAAUCCACUCAAGAAUUCGCCGAUGAAAACGUCGCCGAGCACCAGAAAACCGGCAAAGCUUGCGAUCGUCUUCGCCAAGAGUUGAAGCGAUGUAUCAAGGAGAGCGAUUGUGUUCAGAAGGAUCGGCGGUCGGCCAAAGAGUGCAUCAAUGCCACGGAUGGAACUGUUCCGGACCGAUGUUUCAGUUUGUUGUCGACCUUUUCGGAUUGUAAAAGAUCAUUGGUAAGUUGUUCAUGUUGUUUGUUUCGAAUUUUAGAAGAACGAUGAUUUUCUCUUUUCUCACGGAUUAAGUGGAUUUCUUUCAGGUGGACAUGCGUUCACGAUUCCGCGGCCGAAAGGGAGAUAUGUAG